AGGUCACCUGUGUAUCCGGAACAUCUCAGGGGUGGGAGGGAGACUUGUUUGUUCAUCUAACAGAUGCACGAAGUACUGCCCUCACCCUGCUCUCCCUGGUUCCUGAGAGUAGAAAGCCAUCCCAGUUUCCUUACCGGGGGGAAGAGGCACGGAAAGAAGGAAACACACAAAGAAACCAAGUACUAAGUGGUGGCCCGCAGAGCAGCGGAACGAAGGGCCUGGGCUGGGAUGCGGCUGGGAACGAAGGUCCAGCGAGGUUACGCGAGCGCGCGCGCGGCUUUCCCCUGGCGCUGGCUAAAGGUGAGUCCUGCUGCCGAGUGGACUUGGGGACCUGGCAGCGAUGCGCUCUCCAUGCAGAGGCCAGCGUGGAGCCAGAAGCUGCAGGGCGAGUACUUCAGGUACAAAGGCAUCCCCUUUCCAGUCGGCAUGUACUCACCUGAGAGCCUCAGCCUGGCCGAGAACACUAACAACGUGCGCGAUGAGGACAUCUUCAUUGUCACCUACCCCAAAUCAGGUACCAACUGGAUGAUUGAGAUCCUCUGCUUAAUCCUGAAAGAUGGGGACCCCUCGUGGAUCCAUUCUGAGCCCAUUUGGCAACGUGCGCCCUGGUGCGAGACCAUCAUAAGCGCCUUCAGCCUCCCAGACCGGCCCAGCCCCCGCCUCAUGAGCUCCCACCUCCCCAUUCAACUGUUCACAAAGGCCUUCUUCAGCUCCAAGGCCAAGGUGAUUUACUUGGGCCGAAACCCCAGGGACGUCGUGGUCUCCCUCUAUUAUUAUUCUAAGAUUGCCGUGCAAUUGAAGGAUCCUGGCACGCCGGACCAGUUCCUUCAGGAUUUCCUCAAAGGAGAAGUGCAGUUUGGCUCCUGGUUUGACCACAUCAAGGGCUGGAUCCGGAUGCAGAGCCAUGAGAACUUCCUGUUUAUCACCUAUGAGGAGCUGCAGCAGGACCUGCGAGGCUCCGUGCAACGCCUCUGCGAGUUCCUGGGCCGGCCCCUGGGUGAAGAGGCCCUGAGCUCCGUGGUGGCCCACUCGGCUUUCGGGGCCAUGAAGGCCAAUACCAUGUCCAACUACACACUGCUGCCUGCCAGCCUGCUGGACCACCGCCAGGGGGCGUUCCUGCGCAAAGGCAUCAGUGGUGACUGGAAGAACCACUUCACCGUGGCACAGAGCGAGGCCUUCGACCGUGUCUACCGUGAGCAGAUGUGGGGACAACCACGCUUCCCCUGGGACAUGUCCCCAGAGGACACCAGCCCCGAUGGCCAACCUGACCCCGAGCCCAGCCCCAGCCCUGGCGCCUCUGAUGACCCCGUCCCGGCACCCUCAGAGUAAACUUGUCACUCCA